AUGUCAAAAUCAUACACCAACAACCCCCCAGCCCCCGUGGCCCUCUCCUUCGAAACAAUCGACGAACUCAUCUACAAUGCGCGCCUCGGCGACAUUCAAGGGUUGAAAGACGAAAUCCUUAAAACUGCAACGGAACACAACACGUCUGCUUCGACGAUCAUAAGAUCUGCUCUGGACACUGAAGAUGAGAGCGAAGGCGGUACUGGAGCGUGUCUUUUGCAUUGGCCUGCUGCGAAUGGGAAUGUUGAACUUUUGAGCUACCUCCUGCAAACCCUCACAGACCCCUCGGCCGCAUUGACCUCAGAAGACUUUGCGUCAUUCAUCAACUACCGCAAUUACACAGGCAACACGCCCCUGCACUGGGCCGCACUGAACACGCACCUCGACUGCGUCAAGGCGCUCGUCGAAGCUGGCGCGGACCUAAGCCUGAAGAAUGACGCGGGCCACGAUGCCCUUUUCUUGGCCGAGAGAGCGGAUUGGGCGGUAGUCGAGGAGGACGAUAAUGAGAAUACUGAAAAUAACAAUGGGGAGGAGGAGAUCGAGAUUGAAUUGAAUGCACAGCAAAAUGGCGACAAGCCGGCGCCACCGCCGACGAAGGCGCGGCUGGUGGUGGAAUGGUUGUUGAGUUGUGACAAGGGUGCUGGAUUUGAGGAGCCCGUUAAUAAACAAGAGGACACGAAGAUGGAAGAUGCUGCAUGA